AAGUCCAGCCUACCCCAACAUUUUUAGCUUUCUAUGAAGACAAAUACAAAACUUUUUCUCACACAUAUGUCACAUACGACUACUCCUUUACAAUAGGCAAAUUGUAUGGAUGCAAAAAUAAUAAUAAUAAUAAAAUAAAUAAAUAAAUGAGGAAGAAAAAGAAAGCAAAUAUCUGAAUUCUGAGGUCCUUUUACGCAAUAUUACCCAGCUCAGCUGCCAAGUCAAAGUCUUGAGGUCAAUUUUACCCUGCCGACACUUAUUUCAAUCAUUAACCAGAGAUUACUACUUUACAGAAAUUUUGUUUGCCAUCUCGUACACCGUCUAAUCAUCAACUUACCAACCGUAUUUCUUCUUCUUCUUCAUCUUAUGUUUUUUUUUUUUUUUUUUUUUCGUGGUUAAUUUUAAGAAUGUCGGAAUAUGAAAUUCCUGCUCCACUCCGUGUCUCUUCCGUUACUUCUUAAUAUAUAAAAAAUUUCUGAUCUGCUCGGUUGCAAGGCAACCAUGGAAAGCAAAACUGAUGAUGAUAAUCAGCUUCACAAGUUCUUCUUCCCCUUUAUGUCUUUAGGCCAUGCUCGACCUACCAUUGACAUGGCCAUCCUCUUUCCUUCUCGAGGUUCGAAAGCAACCAUUCUCACCUACCCUUCUUUUGCCGCUCCCUUCUCCAAAAAAGGAGCAAACUUUCUCAUACCCACAUGAUCAAUAUUCUCACCUUCCAAAUCCUUUCUCUGAAAAAUUCUUCUUCUUCUUCUUCUUCCAUUGACAUAAUGCUUGCUUCACAACUCGACCAAUUCUUGAAACGGCACCGUCCUGACUUCCUUGUGGCCGACACGUUCUUCCCUUGGACUACUGAUGUUGCAUACCCAUAUGGGAUUCCCACUCUGGUUUUCCACGGAACUUGUUAUUUCUCUCUCUGUCCUGACCUAUGUGUGCAUCUCUAUGGGAUUCAGAAGAAGACUGAUUCAGAUCUGUUCUUUGUUCCUAAUUUACCUGGCAAUGAGAUUGAAUUCAUAGGAUACCAAUUUCCGGAUUUCCAGAAGAAAUAUUGAUGUUGAAACGGAGAUUACAAAGUUGUUCAAAGCAAGUAAUGAAAUGUUGGAAAGAGGAGCUAUGGGGUUUUGGUAAACAGCUUUUACGAGCUUGAACCAGUUUAUGCUGAUCAUUACUGGAAUGUUUUGGUCAGGCAUGGCAUAUUGGCCCGCUGCACUUAUACAGCAAGCAAGAAGAAACCUCCAUUGAUGAUGAUGAUGAAGAGCACUAUGGUUUCUGUUUGAAGUGGCUUGAUUCAAAGAAACCCCGUUCAGUUGUUUAUGUAUGUUUUGGAUGUGCUGAAGAGUUGAUCAAUGAUGCUCAAAUUAGGUAGCUUGCAAUGGGUCUCAAAGCUUCUGGGUAGGAUUUCAUUUGGGUUGUGUCUAAACAAAAACAUGAUGAAGAAGAUUGUAUUCCUAAAGGAUUUGAGAAGAGAAUGGAAGGAAAAGGACUAAUUGUAAGAGGGAUUCCACCCCAAGCGAAGAUUCUUAAUCAUGAAACCGUGGGAGCAUUUGUGACCCAUUGUGGUGGACUUCAACAAUUGAAGGAGUUUGUGCAGGGGUACCAAUGGUAACAUGGCCAAUUACCAACGAUAGUUUUUACAUUGAGAAGUUGACUACAAAGAUACUUGGAAUUGGGGUUGGUGUUACUGCUCAAAGAUGGGGUGGUUUUGAAGGGGUUAAUGUGAAGAAGGAAGAAAUAGAAAAGGGUGUGAGGAAGAUUAUGGUGGCUGAAGGAGAGGAAAUCAGAAACAGAGUCAAGGCACUUGGGGAAAUGACAAAAGAGCCAUUGAAGAAGGUGGUUCUUCUUACGUGGAUUUGAAUGCCUCCCUUGAAGAAUUGAAACUUCGUAAGAUGGCCCAUCAGUGAUUCAAGAAGCUGGUUUGAUUUAGCAGAGCCGCCGAAGAGGGAAGAGAGCAUGGAGGCAAAACCGCCGAUUAAAGUGGCGGCUCUUUGUGGGUCUCUUCGAAAACGCUCUUACAACUGUGGGCUUCUUCGUUCUGCAAUCGAGUUGAGCAAGGAAUCAAUGGAGGGAGUGGAGAUAGAGUACAUAGACAUCUCGCCAUUGCCGAUGCUCAACACUGACCUCGAAGUCAAUGGGACUUUCCCUACGGCCGUCCAAGCAUUUCGUACCAAAAUCCUAGAAGCUGACAGCAUUCUCUUCGCCUCGCCGGAGUACAAUUACUCCGUCACCGCACCGCUGAAGAAUGCAAUUGACUGGGGCUCGAGACCACCAAAUGUUUGGGCUGAUAAAGCUGCUGCGGUUGUAACAGCUGCAUACGAUCUUAGUGCUGGAGGAGCACAAUAUCAUCUUCGCCAAAUUGGAGUUUAUAUCGAUCUUCAUUUCAUCAACAAACCUGAGAUUUUUGUGAAUGCGUACCAAACUCCAGCAAAGUUUGACAGGGAUGGUAACUUGAUUGAUGAAGCAGUCAAGGAAAAGUUAAAGGAACUUCUUCUAGCCUUGCAGGCAUUUACUUUGCAGCUCAAAGGAAGAAUUUCACCACUUCUGCCUGUCUGCUUUCCACAGCAACAUGAAGAGCCGUCCUGUUUUUGUCGUCAAACAACUCGCAAAUUUCUGGAUAUUCUGCGAUUAGUUUUUUAAUUACAUCAACAUGUCCUUUUUUCGCUGCAAUGUGAAGGGAAGACAUACCUUGUUUGUUCUUUUUGCAAGCAAGAGACGUAUUUAUGUUAUCGCCCUGCUUCAAAAAUUGUUCAACAAGUUCCGUAUUCCCAUAGUGUGCGGCAUAGUGGAGAGGAGUCCACCCAAAAUCAUCAUCUUUUUCAAGUAUUGAAGAGUCUGAGUUUACUUUCUCCAGCACCUUAUGCACAAAAUCUAUAUAUACAUCUGUAGAGAGAGAG